GCAGCCGGGGCCGUCCGCGCGGUGCGGGGCGCUCGGGGAGGGGCAGCCCGCGCGCCAGGGGCCGCUCCGCCGCUUUCCUCGCGCCGCCUCUCCGCCCCCCUCCCCUCCCCUCCCCCCCCCCCCCCCGCCGGUUCCUCGCACCCGGCCCCGAAUGCGCGUGGCGCAGCUGCCGGGGCGCUCGCGCCGCCGCUGAGCUCCGGCGCCCCCGGGCGGGGCGGAGGGGCGGCGCCCGCCAAGUUGGGCGCUGAGGCGAGGGCGCCGCUUCCUCUUCGCCCUCCCGGCGCUCGCCGCGCCGCUCCGCUCGGCUCCGCGGGCAGGCAGCGCCGCGCCCCACCCCGCCCGCCCCAGCAUGGACAACAAGCCCCUGCUGCAGGAGCGACCCCCCGCCUACAGCCCGGCCGCCCAGGGCGCGGGCUACGACUACGGGCAGAGCAACUACGGCGCCAUCCCCGCCCCGCAGCCCGGCUUCCAACCGCCCCCGCCCUACCCCUACCCGGGCGCCGCGACUGCCGCAGGGUAUGCUGUUCCUCCACCGAUGUCACAGCCAAACUAUUCGAGCACGUACACCAUUAUUCAACAGCCUGCUACCACCACUUCUGUAGUAGUAGUUGGUGGCUGUCCUGCCUGCAGGGUUGGCGUGUUGGAGGACACCUUCACCUGUCUUGGUGUUUUGUGUGCCAUUGUAUUCUUUCCAAUUGGGAUUCUGUUCUGUCUUGCACUGAGGCAGAGAAGAUGCCCUAAUUGUGGGGCAGCUUUUGGCUAAGUGGAUGAACGUGGACAUGCUUAUGGAAGCUACAACUGUUAGCAUAUUCUUUCUAAUGUAAAUGUCAUGUACAAUCACUUUAUUUGCUUCAGACCUGUUUUGUAAAGUGUGAAGAAACUUAGUCUCUUGCAUGUAAUUUAAACUUAAUCUUUUAUGAGCAUGUGCAUUGCAAAAUGUGAAAACCCAACUUGUUUUCCAUAUUUAGUGGCACCUGUUGACAACUAAAUAAAACUGCUUUUCCUUUUGCAA